AGUUUACAUUAUGGACUCGGCAACCCUCCGGUUUUGACGAUGCGGUUUCUAGUAAAUUUGUUGCAACGCAUACCGUUGAGAAACCUCGGCUCCAGGCCCGCCCUUCCGAAAAAUGGAAGCCACAGGAGAUUCCUGACCACCUCCAGCAACGACACGGUGAGCGUGGUAUUCGUACAACACGACGAAGAGAUCGAUGUAACGGUGCCGGUUGGCACGAACAUACUGGAGGCUGCACAUCAAAAUAACAUCGAACUAGAAGGAGCCUGUGAUGGGUGCAUGGCAUGCUCCACUUGUCACGUAAUUCUGGAAGAUCACGUCUACGAUUCGCUCCCGGAACCCUCGGAAGCCGAAAUGGAUAUGCUCGACCUGGCCCCCUGUCUAACUGAAACGUCAAGACUUGGAUGCCAAGUGGUAUUACAAAAGGAGCACGAAGGCAUAAAAAUACAGCUUCCACGUAUAACUCGCAACUUUUACGUGGAUGGGCAUGUACCCGCUCCGCACUAGACGUGAUUUGGGUUUAUCGCAACGGGAUAUGGCACCGGUAACGAUGUGCUUGGAGUUGUGUUCUUUCCGGACAAUUUUAAACGCGCAAUCCUCCUGUAACAUUUAAUGUGUG